GUGGCACUUCGUCUAGGGUGGGCCUCAGUUGUCGUGCAGUUCUAUGUUGGAAGAGAAGAAAUUACGCCGCCGCCAUCGGGUCCUGGGGAUGUUCCUGUCGGACUGUGUCCGGAGAACUUCGGAACCCGUUGUGACCCACCAGCACCAGAAGCGGCAGCUCGAGAAACGUCGAUCCCUGUUCCGGCAGCCCUCGUGCAAAAAUGCAGUCAAGAUCCUGCUACUGGGGGCCGGCGAAUCCGGAAAAACGACCGUCAUAAAACAGAUGAAAAUCCUGCACGUCCAGAAUGGAUUCAGUUUUGAUGAGCGGUUAGAUAAAAUCCACGAUAUUGUGGAAAAUAUUCACGAGUCCAUCUACGAACUGGUGCGCAAUGUGAUUAUGAUGGAUCUCGAGUUCGAUUCGGUGGAAAAUCGGCAAUAUGCGAUGGAAAUCGUCGAUGCUGGCAAAACUGCUCCCUGGAAUCUGAGCAUGGAAUAUGUCCAGAGGGUUCGAGCGUUGUGGUCGGACAGCGCCAUCAAAAUGUGCUACAAACGGGCGAACGAAUUUCAACUUAUCGAUAGCGCAAAGUAUUUCCUUGAUCGAAUCGAAAAAAUCUCAAUGCCUGGAUACAUUCCCUCGAACGCAGACAUUCUGAACUGUCGGCAGAUAACCACCGAUAUCCAGGAGAUCAAUUUUCAAAUCAAAAUGCCAUCCUCUCUGGGGGGAGGCCGGCAGGCAUUCCAGAUGAUCGACGUGGGCGGGCAGCGAAUCCACCGGGCCAAAUGGCUGCAGGUGUUCGAGGGUAUCGACGCGGUGCUGUUUCUGAUUGCCUGUGGCAGCUUCAAUCAAACGCUUCGGGAGGAUCCUACCCGGAAUCGUUUGGCCGAGUCGAUCGAGCUGUUCCGAGGCAUUUGGCACAAUCGAUUUUUGGCCGAAACCGGGAUGAUUGUGUUCCUCAACAAGCAGGACAUUCUGGAGCAGAAGUUGUUGGCGGGAAAAUCCAUUGGGGAGCAUUUUCCGGAGUAUAAGGAAUUUGUGCAACGGAUAGAUCCCGAAGGAUCGCUUCCUGAACUAACCCGAUCGAGGAGGUUCAUAAAAUCUAAAUUGGUGGAUAUCACCAAUGAACCACCAAGGCGUACCUCACACCUCGUCAAUGGCAAGCGGGCAUGUUACUUCCAUUUUACGGUUGCGACUGAUACCAAUAAUGUGAGGAUGGUGUUCGACGAUGUGUACAAUAUCAUACUAACAAGGAAUAUUAUAGAAGUAGGAUUAUUUUAAAA